AUGUUCUCCAAGCUCGCUCUCUUCACCGCCGCCACCAUGGCCGUCUUCGUCGCCGCCGCCCCCGCUGGUGGCAUCGAGAACUCCUGCAACACUGGCCCCGUCCAAUGCUGCAACUCCGUGUAUGAGAAGGAGUCCAAAGAGGCCAACAUCCUCGCUGCCCUUGUUGGUGUCGUCGUUGGUCCUAUCACGGGCCUCGUCGGCGCUCAAUGCUCUCCCAUCACCGCCAUUGGCCUCGGUAGCGGCGCGUCCUGCGGGAGCCAGCCCGUCUGCUGCAGCAACAACAAAUUCAAUGGCCUCGUCGCCCUUGGCUGCUCGCCGAUCAACGUCAACGUCUGA